GUUGAGUCUUCAUUAGAUCAUUGAGGCAUCAUGAAGAUUGCCAUUGUCGGGGGCGGGAUCAUCGGGAUUUCCACAGCCUUGUUUCUCAAGCAGAACUCCAACCAUGAUGUAACUAUUGUCACGGAGAAAACCACCCCAAAUACCACGGCUGAUGGAGCUGCGGGCAUUUGGGGGCCAUAUCUCCUGGACGAAACCCCCGUGCCCGAUCAGCGUCGAUGGGCGAAAGAGACGCACGACUUGAUCGAGAAAUAUUGGACAUCGGCCGAGGGAGGUUUAAUGGGAAUCUCUUUGGUAUCCUCCACUCGACUGAAUAUGGAACAAAUCCCUCCCAUGUGGCACGAUAUCGUCUACGGAUUCCGAAAGAUGGACCAAUCCGAAGUCAAGGCCAUCGGGCGAGUCAAUGGGGAACACAACGCUAGCGGCAAACGUCGUGUCAUGGGCCGUUUGGGCGUUAGAGUGUCUAUGUUUAAGUUCAAAAUUCAGGCCUCGGAAGUACAAAAAAGCAAAAAAAAAGGCAACAAACGGCUCAUCCGGCCCCAGGACACGCUUUUUGCCGGUGGAGGUAAACCACCUAAAGCUUCAGUCAUUUUUUUUCAUCUUUUUCCGUUCUUCUUGAGGGAGUUCAAGCAACGAGGUGGGAAAGUCAUUCUGGGCGUGAAAGUCUCGGAUUUGACUAAAGUGGGCCAAAACUAUGAUUUGGUGAUCAAUUGCACCGGGGUCUGGGCGGGAGAGGUGGCCAAGGACGCUAAAGUGGCCCCAGUUCGAGGUCAAGUGAUGAGGGUUCGAGCCCCCUGGAUCUAUCGAGUCAUUCUGGACGACAGAGAUGAUGGGAAUUAUAUCAUUACAAACCAAGAUAGCGUGGUUUUGGGUGGAACGCACCAAUAUGGAGACUGGAACACGAGACCUUGUGAGAAGGACAGUCAGUUCAUCACCAGUGGAUGUCAAACCAUGUUUCCAUCACUUUUGGCCGGCGCAGAGAAGAUCAAGGACUGGGUCGGACUUCGACCAGGACGAUCUUCAGUUCGAUUGGAACGAGAAGCCUUGACCGCGAGCAACGGUCGGAAAGUGGAGGUCAUCCAUAACUACGGCCAUGGUGGAAGUGGGAUCACAAUUUUCUGGGGUUGUGCCAAGGACACGUUCAAGUUAGUUCAAGAAGUGGAAAUGGAACAGGGACACGACCGAAUGAGAUUUAUCACUUCGAGGUUGUAAGUGAAAGCUGGUGACUCAAUAUAAGAAUAUCGAGGGCAAGACUGUCAUUGGAUCCGUGGCAUCACCAAAGCAUGAAUAAAAAUGAUGCCAUUUC